CAAACUUCGAUAACCUCACUUUGGACUUUGUUUCGUAAUCCAAUUGUAAUUAGAACUUAAAAGUAUAAAGUUUCAGCCAACUAAAAAAUUAAAAAUAAAAAAUUGACAAAUUUUUUACGUUAUAAUGUCAGAUAAUAAAAAAUCUAUAAAAAGCGAAGAUGAUGGUUUAGAUGAUUUACUUGACAGUGCCUUAGAAGAUUUUCAAAAAUAUGAAGGUGAUAGUGGAAAACAAGAUGGUACUGCAGGAGAAAAGUCUAAUGAAGCUGGUGGAACUACACAGGAGCUUUUAGAUGAAGAUUUUUUCAUUCAACAAGCGAAUUUAUUGAGUGAAAAAAUGAAUUCAAUUUUCAACGCCGCAGGUGAAUCAGAUAUGUCAAAUGAGCAUAUUAAUUAUGGGUUUCAAAAACUGGCAGAAGCAGCAGCUUUAGCUUUACAAGGAGAUGUACCAGUAAACGAAAGUGGUACAAGAUACGCGGAUAGUAUAUCAGAAGCUUUAAAAGGAUUAAAAGAAGGUGCUGAAAAUUUGCAAGCUCCUGUUUCCGAAGAAGAAAUUACAAGCAUGUUUUCAAAUAUAGGUUUGGGUAAUGAUAGUGUGACUGAUGAUAAUCCAUUUCUACCAUUUAUGCAAGGUAUGAUGCAAAGUCUCUUAUCAGCAGAAAUCUUAUUGCCAAGUAUUGAAGAAAUAUUGCAAAAAUACCCGAAAUAUUUAGAAGAAAACGGAGAUAAAAUUAAACCGGACGACAAGACAAGAUAUGAAAAUCAAUUAGAGUUAUUUAAAGUGUUAGCCGAAGAAUUGAGAUUGGAAAAGGCUGAUGAUAGCGCCGAAGUAAAACAAAAUAGAUUUAAAAAAAUAUUAGAUAAUAUGCACAAAUUACAAGAAUAUGGCCAACCCCCAGAAGAAUUAAUUGCUGAAGUUGGUGGAGCGGGUGGUCUGCCAAAUUUUGAUGCUAUUACUAGUGGGAGUGUUCCUGGGAACAAUCAGUGUCCUAUGAUGUAAUAAUUAAUUUUAAGAUAAUUUUUGCGUUUUUAUUUUGUAAUACUGAAUCUUUGUUAUACAUACAUAUAAUUUUACCAAGGCGUAGUAGAAAAUAGUAUUUUAUGUAUAAUUCAGUAGAUCAUUAGGGAUAUUUUGUUUGUUGAUUUUUGGGUAUCAAAAUUGAAAUUCUAAUUUUUAAUUUAAGCAACAGAAAACUCGUGAUUUACAGCUUUUGGAAUUGGUAUGUCACAAUAUGUAUAAUUAUCGCAAAAACAAAAAAAAACUAAAUUUAAUUGUUAUUUUUAUUUUAACAAAAACUUUUUUUAUACCAAUUUAAAAUUUUGCAAUAUUGUUUAUAUUUAUAUUUAUCUGCAGUUAAAAACAUCCCUAUUAUAUUUUUUUUAAAUACAUAUGUAUUUGUUUUAGUAUUUAUAUAAAAUAUACAUAUUGAAGAAAAUGUGAAAA